AUGUUGAGGUCAAGCGAUAGCCUGACACUGGAAAAUUCAUUGAACGCUUUUGAAAGCGAAGAGAUACUUCAAGCUUUAGCAGUUGCUGGACUACUGAGUCAAGAGAAGCUUUAUCUGGAGCUUACAAACGAAGCCGUAAAUUUCGCGAGAAAAGAAAAGUUUAGUUUUUCGCAGUUAUGCGCACUCGUUUCGAUAAUUAACAGGGUGUUGAAAGAACUUUCAAGUUCUCCAUACGAUGACAUACAGAAUGUCCUAGAUGUAUCGGACAAAAUUAUGAUGAGUUACUCUAUCCAGGCCACCCCACUGCAUUGA